GAAAUCACGAGGAAAAGGAUAAGGAUGCCUCUGUAAUGCGUGCAGAUGUCGAGGACAAUUUGACGGCGCCUUCGGUUUCAUGCCAGGACCCGUGUUUCCGUUGUCAGACGCGUGUCUACCCUGUGGAGAAAGUAGACGUCGGGGUGCUCUUUCACCGGAGAUGUUUCCGAUGCCGAGACUGUCGCCUGCAGCUCUCCCUUCGUACGUUCCACUGGAGCCCGGGCAGAGUACAGGAUAUCUUCUGCGCUGUGCACCUGCCGAAGUUAGUAGGGACAAUAGACGAGCAGGCGAUGGGCAUCCGAUCAGCGUUGAACGCCCCGAGGCGGGCGGGCAUGCCGAACGAACAGAUUAGGGGCAGUGUCCACAAUCCGGGCUGGCAGUACGACGCUGAUGCUUUGGAGUUCGCUCACCACCGUGAGCUAGUGUCCAGGGCCAAGCGAAAACACUCAAUGGGGACGUACAAGGAUUUCGAAAUGCUCGGCGUUUUCGAUGCUCAAAAUGAGCUGGAACAAAAACAGAAAGAAGAAGAGGAUAUACUAUAUCAGCAACUACGUGAGCAACGGGAGAUAGAGAUCAAAAGAUUGGAAGAGCAGUUAAAGGUGGAAAGGGACAAAACCGUGAAGAAGGUUUCCAGGGAAUAUGAGAGGAAGAGCAGUGAGUCAGACGCCCGCAGUGCACAAGCGCAGAGCCUUGAGGAAGAGCGACGGAGAAUUGAACAGGAGUAUAACGACAAGCGAGAGGCCCGCCUGCGUCGACUGCUGGCCAGCUUGUCACUAGAGGAGAAAACUAGCGUGGCGAAAUUGGUGGAGAAACACAGUCAGGAAAUGUUACUGAUGAUCGCUGAACGUCUGAUGACAAUACAGGAAGAAAAAGAGGGUCACGAUAUAGAAGCAGACGACGAUGGACUCUUGGACUUGUCACAACCCCCAGAGGUCUCACCACCAGAAGUCAAAAAGUCCCAGAUGUUUUCUAGUCCAAAGGUGUUUGAUAAGGUGGACAACAAUGCCAUACAAACGGCUAAGCAAGACCACUCCACCUUUACCUCCCUGGUGAAAGAUCUUACCAGAGACUGCACCUCAGACUUGGAAAAAGUGAGAGCGCUAUUUCUGUGGAUUACCCUCAAGGACUUGAAUAAGUUGGACAUGAAAGAAACCGUCCACCCAGAUUCGCCAAUGGGAUUGCUGCGAGGCAUUAAAUGCGGAACUGAGAGUUACCAUGACUUAUUCAAACGGCUGUGCAGUUACGCCGGGUUGUUCUGUGAGAUCAUUCAGGGAUAUUCCAAAGGAGCGGGAUACAAGCCUGGGAUGCGCAUGGAUAGCCCAAGAUUCCGGAAUUGCUGGACAGCUGUCUGCAUUGAUGGGUGUUGGCAGUUUAUCAACUCUAACUGGGGUGCCAGACAUGUCAAAGGACACCUGAAGAGCGAUCUGGACGAUCCGUCCGAACUGCAUUAUAAAUGUGAUGAGUUCUACUUUGUGACUGAUCCCGAAAAUCAUAUUUACCAGCACUUUCCUGACGAUCCAAAAUGGCAACUUUUGGAAUGUCCAAUAUCCAUGGCGGAUUUCAUCAAUCUUCCCGUGGUUAAAUCCCCGUUUUUCUCGUUAGGACUUCAGUUUGCAACACACUACGAUUCGUUGCUUGAAACGCGCAAUGGUGCCGUCGAAAUAGAAUUAGUGGCCGUGAAACUGACAGAAUUUGGUCACCUUCUAGACCCAAAGGACAAAACCGAAAACCGGAAGUCUGCAGAAGGUCGUGUGUUUGUUCGCCAAAUUGGUCAGAGAGUAAUUUUCACUGUUGCACCACCCUAUGUAGGAAGGUUUUACUUCACUGUCUACGCUAAAGAGGACUGGGUCUCUGAAUCCCUCCAAAGUGCCUGCUCCUUCCAGAUCCGAUGCACGGCGAGAGACAGGGUAAGGCAAGCACACUAUCCAAAAGUGCCUUCGUUCGGGCCGAUGCCUAGCAUUGAAGCCUAUGGAAUAUUGCCGAAAUCCCAUUCAGAUCCCUUUGUACAAUUUACUGGGGAAGAUUUGUUCAUCGAGUUUGCCUUAACGAGAAACUUAAAAGUGUCCGGCAUGUUGGAGUACUAUUUUCCCGGGCAAUCGGAGCGCCACGAGGACUGCAAGAGAGGUGUAUUUUUACAUUACAAGAGCAAAGACGAUGUGGUGUUUUGCAUACGCUGUCCAAAAGUUGGAAUGUACGUGUUUUCCAUAUUUGGUGGUGAUAACAACGAAACCAAUGGUGCCGAUGACAACAGCAGGACAAACGAGUGCCUAUUUAAAUAUCUCAUAGAAGCUAAGACAGCUUCCAAGCUACAGACAGGCCUCCCAAGGGCUUGUCACCGCUGGCACGAGUGUCGCCUUAUCUCGCCGUUUCACGGGACAUUGUCACGUGACAACAAGAUCAUGUUUCGACUCCUGGCGCCGUUGGCGUUAGACAUUGCUGUUAUGAUAGCAGAUGUGUGGUUUCACUUGAAAAAGAACAAAGACGAUGUGUGGGAAGGGCAUGUGUACACAGGAAAAACCAGCAAUACAAAAGUAAAAGUUUAUGCCAAGUUACAGAAAGACAGGUCACGCUUCUCUCCCCUGGUGGAGUUUAUUGUCUCUUGACCAAACUUAAUAUCAUACGUUGUUUUGAUUUUUUCUUCACUUAGCGACUAUGGCAAUAAGCCAGUUGAGAGGAAGAAAAUGGCAUAUUUCCUAUUUUUGUCAAGCAUAUAAAAAACAUAUAUUUACAUUGUGUGUUUUUCCAGGUAGAUAUAAUAUGCUAGUGGAUGUCAUUCUGCUGGUAAACUAGGCAUGCUCGAUGACUGGUCCAUUUGCCUUGUUCGGAAAGUUAAAAGUGCUGACAACGCAACACUUUGAGAUUUUCUCCCCCAAAUUGUAAUUAACACCACUACGUUUUUCUUCAGCGCGUAAUUCUGCUUAAGCCAUUGGUGCAAGGGGGCGUGUAAAUCGCUGCAAGGGGAACAUUUACAUGAUCAGCUGGAAUUAAACCUUAACUGAGGGAAACUAGUAUGAAGGGCAGAUUUCAACGGUUACAUGUGGCCAUUUGCCAACUAUCACACCGUCGUCGCUGCUCUUGUUUGACUCUGUCCACUGUAGUUUUUUAUAUUAGGGAAAUGGGUCGUCCAUUCAAGAUUAAAAUAUUGGGAAGUGUAUUAAACUACGCUCACAGGGAACUAUCUGGAACUAUCAGCGGGGGGCAGUAACCCAGUGACCUCCUCCUACCAUUGUGCUCGCUAUGAGUUUAAGUACAGUUUUUGCUGGCUACCUCUCUGGCCGUACGUGGAAAGGUGUGUCAACAACCUGCGGAUGAUCCUGGGUUUCGUCCAGGCUCAGUCCGGUUUCUCCUAUUGUAAUGCUGGUCGUUGUCGUACAAGUGAAACAUUUUUGAGUACGGCGUAAAACACCAAUCAAAUAAAUAAAUAAAUCGGAUAUAUCCACUCGUAUUCCAGUGUAGAGGAUUGAAAACAGGACAAACUGCAUGUAUUUCUUGCGAUUCAUAACAUUCAGAUAGAUCAAUGGAUUAUUCACAAGUUACAAUUUUGCGACAAAUUGCACGAAAUAGGCGAUUUAAUCAUAAUCUACGCUUUAGUGUGGACUAAAAUCUCUUUGUAUGUGCUAUCAUAAACUGGUAUUAAGAUAUAUGUCGGGCAGUCAGCUCCAGAAUGUUAAGAUAGGUAACAGAACCAAUCGGUUAUAUUAGACAUUUAGUCAUAAAACCUAGUCAUCUAAGAAGAAGUAUUACAACAGCUGUUAGUUUGGUAACCCAGUGAGGAUUAAGUUUGAAGUACAAGACGGUCAUGGUAGAAGGUCAUUGUGUGAAUAACUGAACAGAAGUUAAGUGGAAACAUAAAAGCAAUAGUACAAUAGACAUUUGAAAUGAAAUUGCAUUAUAUAUUAUCUACUCUUCGAUUUAUUUGGUCAAUAUAUUUCUCAUUUUAACACUAGCUGCAUGUAGAACGGGAUGCGUGUGGACGGAAAUACCUAGGUUUAUCGCCGGUAGUGCUUAGAACGUAAUGCUUAUUAGACAGAAGGACAAUUUUAAUUAGUGUGAAUAUGUCAAUAGAAACUAUAUUGUGCAGAUAGUUCAUGCUGGGAGAUGUUACUAGCUCAGUGAGCUAUAUGUCUCGCCCAGGUAUGAAUGUAAUGCUGUCGAAAGGGUGUUAAGCUAUAAUCCUUUAUUUGAUUCAUGCUUUGCGAAGUACAUGUAUCAUGUGAUUUUGUAUCGACUUGUUAAAAGUAAGCUGGAAGGAGGUAACAAUAAGAAAUAAUGAUGUCAGUGAUAACGUUAGUUGCUACUCCAAAACUGAAUUGUGUUUUAAUAUAGGCCUAUCCCUUUAAACGAGAAAUAUGUUAGUCCUUGAGCAGUUUUUGCACCGUUCUCUCUUUUCACUGAAUUAUACAUAUGCAUGUUCAAACCUUGAAUAUGUAUCCAUGCUGGCCAUUUAUUUCAGUAUUUGCAUAAUACGUGCGGUGUCAGACAAAGAAUAAGGUCUUUCCCAAUAAUACUGCUAUAUCAGCUUCAUUUGUCAUAUCAAUUUGUCGCUUGUCAAUAAUAAUUAUAAACUCUGUGACUGAGCUUACAGUUUUUUAGUAAGCAGUAUUAAUCUGGUAAACGGAACUGUUGUUGUUGUUGCUUCUUUAUUUAAUUCUUUAUUGUAUUACAUUAUGAUUUUUAAUAAAUGGUUAAUUCUUAAAGUAAUUCAGUACAGCCUAUGUCAAAAUCCGCCUUUUCCAGAGACCGAUUAUCGCUUAUCAAGAGCAAUACUACUAUAGUUACUAUACAUUUUCUGUUAUAUGAUGUAACUGGUUAGAGUACAUCAAUAAAACCUUGAAGUACCCUUGCUCAAA